AUGAUUCAAAAAAGCAGAGUGGAAAAGGAAGCAGGCCCAGUGGAGCCUCUUCCACCUGUGCAACUUGGAUCAGGUACAGUCGUUGCUCAAGCUGUUGGUCUGUGGCUGGGUGACAGUGCUGGUGCUGCCUGCGGGAAUAUGGAAUGGGAAACAUCUUUCAAUCCACGCGCCUUCACUGCAGAGCUGGUCUACCAGCGAGGUGCAGACAGGAAUGGGAAAAUAGACACUUGGAGCGUGGGAGAAGGAGCUGGGUCAGAUGCUGACCGUACAGUUGCUCUCGCGGUUCAUGUGCCCGAGUCUAUUUUCAGAGUUCUUCAGAUGCCACUUGACCACAUAUUAUCCCCUCCACCCAUGCCGUUUCGGAAAUGCAGCAACCCAGAUGUGGCUUCUGGCCCUGGAAAAUCACUGAAGUAUAAAAGACAGCUGAGUGAGGAUGGAAGACAGCUAAGGCGAGGGAGCCUGGGAGGAGCCCUGACUGGGAGAUACCUCCUUCCAAACCCAGUGGCGGGACAGGCCUGGCCGGCCUCUGCGGAGACGUCCAACCUCGUGCGCAUGCGCAGCCAGGCCCUGGGCCAGUCGGCGCCCUCGCUCACCGCCAGCCUGGUGAGUGUCCGCGGGCGCCGGUGGAGGCUGCUCUAG